AUGCUUGGUGUUAAGCUCAUAGAGCGAUUCAAGAGUAUUCAAGUUCAUGCUCUUAGUCCCUCAGACACCACCAACGGUAAAAACCCCAUUGCUGCUACCAAAGGUAAGCUUAUCAAACCCUUUUCGAAGUCCAAACCCACCAACUCUGUCUCCGUAGCUGAGAAUCUUCUUCCUUACGGAUUCCCUACAACUGACCUCCUUGAGCCCUCCAUAGACCCCCACAUCAAACCAAUUGACUUGGUAGAAGCUUUAGCUGACCUUUAUGGCCGUCUUGAGAGUUCCUCGCAACCCAAUAAGUCAUUGCUGCACAUGGAGAAGUACUCUCUCUUGCGCAGCCUUGGCGAUCCCAAACUGCUCCGCCGGUGCCUCUGCGCCGCGCGUCAAAACGCUGGAGAUGUGCACUCGAAGGUUGUUCUUUCAGCUUGGUUGAGGUUUGAGAGGAGGGAGGAUGAGCUUGUGGGCGUGUCAGCUAUGGAUUGUGGCGGUCACAUUCUUGAGUGUCCAAACGCUACUUUAGUAUCUGGGUAUUGUUUGAAUUCAAUUCAUGAUUUUUGCCAAUGUCUUAAGGACCACUCCAAGGUGUUUGAUAAAACAAUCUUGAAAGGGAAUGAGGAUAGUGAUGUUUCAUUUUGCAUUGGUAAUGAGGAGAUUCAAUGUGUCCGAUAUAGAAUUGCAGCGCUGUCUAGAGCAUUUAAUGUUAUGCUCUAUGGUAGGUUCUUGGAGUCUAAAAUGGAUAAAAUUGAUUUUUCACGAGAUGGGAUUUCUGUAAAGGGAAUGAGAGCUGUGGAAGUGUAUAGUAGAACUAGAAGGUUGGACUUGUUCAGUCCUGAGGUUGUUUUGGAGCUACUUUCUUUCGCAAAUAGGUUCUGUUGUGAGGAGAUGAAGUCUGCCUGUGAUGCUCAUUUAGCUUCAUUGGUUGGUGAUAUUAAGGACGCAUUGAUUCUUAUUGAAUAUGGUUUGGAGGAGACGGCGAAUCUUGUUGUGGCAAGUUGCUUGCAGGUAUUGCUGAGAGAGCUCCCAAGUUCUCUGCAUAAUUGGAAGGUGAUGAAAUUUUUUUGUAGCUCUGAGGCUAUGGAGAGAUUGGCCAGGGUGGGGCAUGCUUCUUUCUUGCUGUAUUAUUUCCUAAGCCAGGUCGCUAUGGAGAAAAGCAUUGUAUCGAACAUGACGGUGAUGCUAUUGGAGAGAUUGGAAGAGUGUGCCAAAGAGAGGUGGCAGAAGGCGCUUGCAUUGCAUCAAUUGGGUGUAGUGAUGCUUGAGAGAAAAGAGUAUAAGGAUGCUCAGGGUUUUUUUGCGGCUGCAGCUGUGGUGGGUCAUGUUUAUUCAAUGGCUGGUGUAGCAAGAGCUAAACACAAGCAAGGGCAACAGUAUUCGGCGUAUAAGUUGAUGAGCUCUCUCAUAUCUGAGUAUAAACCAGUUGGGUGGAUGUACCAAGAGCGGUCUCUUUAUAAUAUUGGAAAGGAAAAGAUUUUGGAUUUGGAAACUGCAACUGAAUUGGAUCCUACUCUUUCAUUUCCAUAUAAAUACAGAGCUGUUGCAAAGGUGGAGGAGAAGCAGAUUAGAGCAGCCAUUUUAGAGAUUGACAGAAUUAUUGGGUUUAAGCUCUCACCCGACUGCCUUGAAUUGCGAGCUUGGUUCUUCAUUGCACUUGAGGAAUAUGAAAGUGCUCUUAGAGACAUUCGAGUAGUUCUAACUUUAGAACCCAAUUACAUGAUGUUUCAUAGGAAGAUUACUGGGAAUUACUUGAUUGAGUUGCUCAGCCAAUGGGCUCAGAAAUGGAGUCUGGCUGAUUGCUGGAUGCAGCUCUAUCAGCGAUGGUCUUGUAUUGAUGACAUUGGCUCGCUGGCUAUCAUACAUCAGAUGCUGGUAAAUGACCCUGGAAAGAGUCUCCUCCUGUUUCGGCAAUCUCUACUUCUUUUGCGGCUAAAUUGUCAAAAGGCUGCAAUGCGCUGUUUGCGAUUGGCUAGAAAUCAUUCAAGUUCUGAGCAUGAAAGGCUAGUUUAUGAAGGAUGGAUUUUAUAUGAUACUGGUCAUCGUGAAGAAGCUCUCUCUAGAGCAGAUAAGUCCAUUUUUCUUGAGAGGUCAUUUGAAGCUCUUUUCCUUAAGGCGUACAUAUUGGCAGAUACAAGUCUGGAUCAUAAAUCUUCAUCUUAUGUCGUCCAAAUUUUGAAGGAGGCUCUUAGAUGUCCUUCAGAUGGUCUUCGGAAAGGACAAGCAUUAAAUAAUUUAGGUAGUAUUUAUGUGGAUAGUGGCAAGCUGGAUCUGGCUGCAGAUUGCUACAUGAAUGCCCUUGAAAUCAAGCACACAAGAGCUCACCAAGGGCUGGCACGUGUUUAUCAUCAACGAAAUAAACGGCAAGAUGCAUAUGAUGAGAUGACAAAGCUAAUAGAGAAGGCACAAAACAAUGCAUCAGCAUAUGAGAAACGGUCAGAAUAUUGUGACCGAGAAAUGGCGAAAAAUGAUCUUGAUAUAGCAACACAAUUGGAUCCACUGAGGACAUAUCCAUACAGAUACAGGGCAGCAGUUCUGAUGGAUGACCAAAAAGACACUGAAGCCGUAGAAGAGCUUACAAAGGCCAUAGCUUUCAAGCUUGACUUACAAAUGCUUCAUCUUCGAGCGGCAUUUUACGAGUCAAUGGGGAACCUCACCUCUGCUCUCCAAGAUUGUCAGGCAGCUCUCUGUUUUGACCCUGACCAUAAGGAAACACUUGAUUUGUAUUGUCGAGCACGAGACUUCGCUGUUAAUCGACAACUUCAGUGAGGCACCUUAUAUAUGUUCCUAAUGAGGUCAGUAUCUGGCUGACUUUAUCAGCUGAGGGGUAGAAAUCAUGGGGACUUUCCAUAUAGCCUCAUUUUCCCCCAGAAAUCAUGCUCUUGAUGAGCAUCAGUCUGCAAACUGGUCAUGGCAAUGAUAAGGAUUGGUCAUGAGGAAAAACAAGCAAGGGAGUGCUUUGUAUAUAGCGCUUUGUGGAAUUGAUGAUGAGGAAAAGACAAGUGAAGAAGUUCCCACAAGGGAUUAUGCAAGGGCCACUUAGAGCACUCCGGUGAAUUAGGAUUAUGUAUGUAAAAAAUGAACCAAAAAGAAAUGUCCAUAUAAUCAAAUAGGGCAUGGGAUGAGUAUCAGAUGUUUUUAUGGUGUUGGAGGUUUUUACAAUUCUUGGACAACAGUAUAUAUGCGUCCCAAGUUGUCUCUUGAUAGAAACAGGGAUUUUGUUUUACAGUUCUCCUUGUAUAUAAACAAGCUUAUAGAAACAUCUAUAUGUGUCUCAAUUUGCCAUAUUAUUUCUGAUUUUCCUUUUACCAUU